CUUCCGGCCGCCGCCUGCCUUAAAGGCGCCGACCGGUGAAGCGCGUGAUGCUGUGCUGCCCCCUGGUGGCCGCGGGCAGUAUCGCCCUCGUGGCGUCCCCCGCCAGCCCAGGACACGAGUUGCCGGCGGGGGUGUCACGGCGGGGUUCGCUCCCCCCUGGUCCCGGCAGCGAGCCGUGGAACGCGGUACCGGGCAUCUCCCGCCCCGCCCCAAGCCAGCCCCGGCGGGACCACCGGGACCUCCCACGGCCGGCCCGCCUCACCCCCGCCGCGCGGGCCGGUCGACUGACAACGAGGCGGACCAAUGGAAAUGGCUGCGGCCACACGCUGCUGACACCCCACAGUGGCACCCUGAGCUCCAAGAACUACCCGGGCACAUAUCCCAACCACACCGUGUGCUGCUGGCAGCUCCAAGCCCCCCCAGGCACCUCCCUGCUCCUGGCAUUCGGGGAUGUGGAUCUGGAAUCCUCGGAGCACUGUGCCCACAGCUCCUUGCUGCUCGCUGACCCCCAGACUGGCACUGCCUACGGGCCCUACUGCAGGAACUCCGUCCCUUCUGCCCCACUCCUGGUGACAAACUCCAGCACUGUGACCGUCCUGUUCAACAGCACCAGCCACCGCUCGGGACGAGGGCUUCUCCUGUCCUAUGCCACCACGCAGCACCCAGACCUGGUUUCCUGCCUGGUUCGAGGCACCCACUACACCCAGGAGCAUGUCAGUGUGUACUGCCCUGCAGGCUGCAAGGACAUCCAUGGGGACAUCUGGGGCAACCCAAGCCAGGGCUACCGGGAUACAUCGGUGCUGUGCAAGGCAGCCGUGCAUGCCGGGGUGAUUGCGGACGAGCUGGGCGGGCAGGUCACCCUGUCCCGGGAGAAGGGGAUCACGCUCUAUGAGGCAGCCUUUGCCAAUGGGCUCCACUCCAAAAGGGGAUCUCUUUCUGAGAAGCGACUUGUAUUCCACAAAGCCUGUGAUGAUGUGCUGGAGGUGGUCGCCUUCAAUGCCUCAUCCUGGUGGCACGAGAUGGAUGCACUGGGCCAGGACCGAGCCUGGGUGGCCGAACGGGCAGCACUCAGCACCACCGGCCACUCCUGGGCAGCCGAACCCGGCGCCGGGGCCGCCUGGCUGGAGCUGGACCUGGGCACCCGAAGGAAUGUCACAGGAAUCAUCACAAAGGGCUCCUCCGAGCAGCACGACUACUACGUGACGUCCUACCACGUCUCCUCCAGCCGCGAUGGGAAGAACUGGAGACCCUACAGAGGCAGCAGUGGCCAGGAGGACAAGGUGUUUGAAGGAAACGCCGACAGCCAAGGGGAGGUCUCCAAUGCCUUUAUCCCCCCAAUCGUUGCCCGCUAUGUCCGCGUCACACCGCAGAGCUGGCACCAGCGCGUGGCCCUGAAGGUGGCCCUGGUGGGCUGCCAGCUGGCACGGGUCCGUGCGCCCCGUCCCUACGUGCCCAGUGUCCCCAAGGAGGUCCUUGAACCCACCAGCCACCCAGCCAGCCGCACCCCCAUCCCUGGCAUCGCCCUGGACCCGGAGAAGGCAGGUUCCACACUGCUGGUGGUGCUUCUCAUUGGCGGCUUUGUGCUCCUCUGCUCCUGCCUCCUGCUCCUGGCUUUCAUCUGCCACAGGAAGAGGAAGUCAACAGCGGAGCUGAACUGCGGCAUCACAAAAGGGUACCCCAAGCUGGAGUCAAGCCAGGUCUGCUCCCUGCAGAGCCUGCCAGCCCCUAGCCUGUCUUCCUUCCCCACGCCAGGGGACCUGAGCCGGACCCAGUCACCAGAGUACGCUGAGCCAGACCUGGUGCAGGUGAGCCCCAGCAGCCAGACGGGUCCCUCCACCUUCAAGCCACUCCUGGAAGAGGGCUACACUCUGCCGCUGGUCCUGAGCCACUAUGACGUCCCGGGAAAGCACCAUGAGUACGCAGAGCCGCUGCCGCCAGAGCCUGAGUAUGCCACGCCAUUCAGUGAGCCGGAGCCUGCCGGGAUGCACCGCAGCAGCUGCGGCAUCGCAGGGCCCCCUGGGUGCCCCCCGGUGCGGUACCAGACCCCUGCCCCGCGGCCCGGGGAGCUGCCAGCUGGGGUGGAGCAGACUGGCAGCCCCUGCUCCGAGGGGUCCCGUGGGUGGCCUAAGCACUGUCCCCUCGCACACGUGUACCAUGAAGCCUUGUGAGGAGGGGAGCACAGCGGCACGAUAUGAGGCGAUUGGGGGGGGGAGGGGGAGGGGGGGCACGUGUAAAGGAGGACUUUCCCCGUGCUAGCAGGGGGCUUUUUAAAAAGUAAUCCUAUGUAAAUAUAUGUAAUACAUAGAGAAA